UCAGUGUCGAGUUCGGGGACCUCUACCCCUCGAGGCAUGGAGAAGACCGACUCUGUUAUCAACUUGACCAAACCUUCGUUGUACGGAAUAUAUAACGACAAUUCGGUAUUGAAUUUGAAUAGAGACGAUGAAGACGGGAAUGACUUACCACCGCAGGGGGAACCACAACCGGAGGAGAAACCGCAGGAAGAAGCAGCAGCACAGUUGAGUGUUUUCACCGGGUUGGCGUUGAUCUUCAAGAUCAUCGUCCUUACUGGGUCGGCCUACGUGUAUAAUGAGGUUACUGAUCACGUACAUGCCAACCAUAUCAGUGUGAAUAACCAGACCAUGGAACCUAUUAUUUUCACCCAGUGGUUUUUGUAUGAUUUUGUUCGUCGUUUGAGUCCCUUGAAUUAUUUGGUUAAGACAGCUGACAGUCCGCAAACUUUGGAAGUGACUGACCGGAUUGUUUCCUUAGCCAUCCAAGGGUUGAUUAUGAGUGCUGUUUAUCCUAUAAUGGAUUACAUUUUACCAACCGUGUUAACCAAACGAUUAUUAUCGUCCAAUCCUAAUCCGCUCAACAACGCUACUUUAACUAACGAUUUACUAAGAGCCUUGAUUACAUUUUUAGGAAUCUCUUAUGCCAUUCGUAAAAUUGAAUGGAACUCUACUUUACAAAUAUCAAUCAUUUGGUCGUUGCUCAACCCCGGGUUAUGGUUGUUGUUGGACGGCACCAUAAGCGGCUUUUUAUCCAGUUUAUCCAGUGCCUUCAUUGCCUGCAUCACCAUUUACUUUCAAAACGUCGAUAUCAUCAACCGUAUUCUGGCCAGUGAUAACGGCUGGGAAAAGUCGGUGGGCAUCUGGCUCUGGGUCGGUAGUUUCUUCUUCUGUGGGUUGAUUCUUUUCGGUAAGUUGGGCAGAGCGUUAUUC